CGCCAUCUGAAUAUCACGAUCAAGGGCCGGUCCGCCAGAGCUCUCAAUUACCCCCUCACAAUGGCGCCGAUCGACCGCUGCUUGGCCUCUAUGGCCAGGCUAUCCCUCCUCCAGACUCCUCGACCGACAAUUCCUACGAUACCGAAGUUCCUCGCCCCAGCGGCUGCUCAACAAGUUCGACAGGCUUCGGUUGUGAGAAUCAAGAAGACAAAGAAGAAGAAGGCUUUGCCUAAGGACUUUAAGAGACAUAACUUGGCGAAGAGGGAAUUUCCUCAAUACUCAUUAUGUGAGGCUAUGAGAGUCCUGCGAGCCGUCGAGGUUGGACAACCGCCUGCUUCGGUCAAGUACGAAAUUCACAUCAACCUCAAGACUGCCCGUAAUGGCCCCGUCAUCAAGAACAGCGUUCGACUUCCCCACCCCGUCCAGAGCGAUUGGCAAAUUGCCGUCAUCUGCCCCGAAGGCAGCGAGAUCGCCCAACAAGCCACCGCCGCAGGUGCUGUAGCCGUCGGUCAAGAAACCCUCUUCGAAGCCAUCAAAAAGGAACAGAUCAACUUCGACCGUCUUAUCUGCCACGAGGCCAGCGAAGGCGCUCUGAACAAAGCCGGUCUAGGAAAGAUCCUCGGUCCCAAGGGUCUUAUGCCCAGCAAGCGUAUGCGAACUAUUGUCCCCGAUGUCGUCAAGUCGAUGCGAGACUCUGCUGGUGCGGCCGAUUACCGUGAGAGACAGGGUGUUAUUCGUCUUGCUAUUGGACAAUUGGGUUACUCGCCUGAUCAGCUCAAGAACAACAUCAAGGUGUUGCUGAACAAGGUCAAGGCGGAGUGUGCGGAGAUUUCAGAGGAGGUGCACAAGGAGGUCCACGAGGUUAUUCUCAGCACAACCCAUGGACCUGGCAUAAGCUUGAAUGGAAAGUUGAAGGAUGCAGAGGAGCAGAUUACCCCUGAGGCAUUGUCGAGCAUCAUGUAAAAAUAGCCUUGAGCUUGUAUAAUUGUAUCAUAUGUCAUAUUACGAAUAGACCUUGUGAG